AUCCGCAAAUAUUUGGGCUCCUGUUUUAAAAAUCUCGCCCCGUUUCAGUUUAGAAAGAAGAAGAAGAAGAUCCACUAACAGGGAAGUGCCGGAAACGAAGAAGGAGGACGAAAAUCAGAACGACAAAGAAUGAGUUCGUCCAGUGCCGUCCGAGAGCUUCAACGUGACCUGGAAAAUAAAGCAAAUGAUCUCAACAAGCUUCAGAAAGAUAUUUCGAAGAAUCACCAAGUCAGGAAGAAGUACACGAUUCAGCUCGGAGAAAACGAGCUAGUCCUCAAAGAACUGGAAUUGUUGAAUGAAGAUGCCAACGUGUACAAAUUGAUUGGACCAGUGUUGGUGAAGCAGGAUUUAGCUGAGGCCAGAGCUAAUGUUCGCAAGCGAAUCGAUUAUAUCUCUGCGGAAUUGUAAGUUUCCUCUUCUCAAGUUGAUUGGAUUUGAAAUGACUCUAUUGAGUUCACAUGAGGUUUCUUUUUUAGUUCUUUCCUUGAUUUGGUAUUUCACCCUUUCUGAAUUUUGUAUAUGCUUAAUCUAGUAAAGGGUGAGCUCAACUGUAGUGAGCUUACUAAUUCAAGUGUUUGACAUGGAGCCUUGACUGCUGAUAAGCCGUUCCUUUUUCUGCAAAAUGGAUAAUUUUUCAUGUUAGUGAAAAGGGAGCAAAUGUAAGUAUCAAAGUCUUGCAAAUGCUAUGCUUCUGGAGCAAAUUCGUAGCCUUGUUUUUUAGAUUGAGAAAUUAAUGGAUUUGGUCUGAAGAGGAUGGCAAAAAGAGCUCUGUUUUUACUCUUUUGCUCCUUGGACAUAUUGUGAUGGCUUGAUAGGAUGGUUUUAAGAAUUUUAUCAAUAGUUUGAGGCCUCUGUGCAGUUUUAAUCUGGUAAGCAUAUUACGUCUUAGUGGAUGUGCUCUGUGUAGGUUGCCUGUGUUGAAAAUCUGUAGGUGCUAAUCUUUGUUGUUAUCCACAAGUGCAGCAGAAGUGUCCUUAGUUCCUCCUUUUUUUUUUU